AUGUUCCCCAAAUAUCUGAAAUUUUUUGUGGGCCUCAUAUGUACUCUGUCGUGUCCGGUAUAUGCCAUAGCCCAUGCUCAACUGGAUCUGCCACCCUUACCCACCCCAAGGCCAGAGAUAUUCUACAAUGGCUACACCGUAUCCACAACUCCCGCCCAGGCCUUGGGUGAUUUAGAUCGAGAUCAACGAUUCGGUCCACCAUAUGCGGAUGAUGGCAAUAAUGAUGAUGGCUCGGAUGAUUUUAGGAAUGGUCAAACCUAUGAUGAGCGAAUGCGUUACGGUUUCAAUUAUCGUUCGAAUUUCACCUUCCCCUCGGAUUCACCGUUUAGCGAUAAAAAUGUCUACAAUACCCAAACUCUGCAAAAUGAUCGUUAUGGUAAUCGGAAUUAUGAUAACAACCUUCUGAAUCAUCAAACCUACAACGAUCGCUAUGGUCAGAAUGCCCUGAAUUUGGCCAAUCAGCUGCAACAACAACAACAGCAGCAGCAACAACAAAAUAAUCGUUAUAAUUAUGCCAACAAUAACAACAACUACAACAAUAAUGGAAAUUUGGGUGGACUUGGUGUCACACCCCAGCCACCCAGUAUUUUCAAUAAUCCCUCGACGACGCCGAGCUACAAUCCGGUUACCCCACCCUCGUACAACAAUCCAUCCACCCCUACAGCUUUUAAUCCACCUGUGACCACCUAUAAUCCGAAUAAUCCAAAUAAUCGUUUUCCGGAGGACCCUAAUCGCUUUCAAAAUCCCUAUGAUCCGAAUCAGGAUCGUUUCAAUUUAAAUCAACAAUUCUUCGAUCAACGUCAGCGAUUUCAAAGUGAUCGCCGUUAUCAAAUCGAAUUGGAGCGGUUAAGGAAUUUAUUGGUUGAAACGGAUCAGCAGGGAUCGCAAGAGUGUACCGCCAAUGUGGCGGCCCAGUGGAAUUUCGAGACGAACGUAAAUGAAUUUACGCAGACGGAGGCGCUCAAUGCCCAACAACGCUAUGUAGAAUUUCAACGCUUGGUGGCGUUGCAGUCACGUCAAAUCAACAAGGAGCUGAUAUUCGAUCGUCGCCUAUAUCGCCAACUAAUGUUGCAGUCAGAAGUGGGCCCGAAUGCCUUGCCAUUGGAAUCUUUGGAUAGGUAUAAUCGCCUGAUCAAUGAAAUGCUCUACAUUUAUAAUGGAGCCACCAUAUGUGCCUACCAGCAGCCAUUUUUAUGCAACUUGCGCUACAUACCCGAUUUGAAGGAGAUUAUGUCGAAGUCGCGGGAUUGGGAUGAGUUGCAGCACACCUGGGUGGAAUAUCAUCGUAAGGCUGGACGAGAAAUGCGUGAUGGUUAUGAGCAGCUGGUGGAUGUUAUGAAUGAGGUGGCGCAUGUUAAUAAUGUCACAAAUGGUGGAGAAUAUUGGUAUCUGGCCUAUGAAUCGAACAACUUCCGUCAAGAUGUCGAUAAUGUUUGGGAACAAAUCCGCCCGCUCUACGAAGCUUUGCAUGCCUAUGUGAGACGUCGUUUGCGUGAAUAUUACGGACCGGAACGUGUUAAUCGUAUUGCCCCGAUACCUUCACACAUUUUGGGUAAUAUGUUUGGACAGUCAUGGUCGAAUAUUUUGGAUAUUGUAAUACCCUAUCCGGGAAAGAAGCUCAUCGAUGUUACACCACGAAUGAUAGAGCAGCGUUACACGCCACAAUUAAUGUUUCAGCUGGCUGAAGAGUUUUUCACUUCGAUAAAUAUGUCGGCGGUGGGACCGGAAUUUUAUCAAAAUUCGUUGAUAGAGCAGCCAUUGGAUCGGCGGGUGUUGUGUGAACCCUCCGCAUGGGAUUUUUGUAAUCGUCAUGAUUUCAGGGUGAAACUUUGCACGGACAUCAAUCAGAAGAGUUUGAUAAGUGUUCAUCAUGAAAUGGCCCAUAUUCAGUACUUUUUGCAGUAUCGCCAUUUGCCUAAGGUUUUCCGGAAUGGCGCCAAUCCGGCCUUCCAUCAAGCGGUAGGCGAUGCAAUUGGCUUAUCGGUCAGCACUCCUCGGCAUUUCCAAACUUUGGGGUUACUUCAGCGUUCCGUCGAUGAGAGCAGUUACGAUAUUAAUUAUCUCUUUACCAUGGCCAUAGAUAAAGUGGCCUUUAUGCCCUAUGCCUUGGCCUUGGAUAACUGGCGUUAUGACGUCUUCAGUGGGAAUGCUAAUAAGCAUAUGAUGAACUGUCACUAUUGGAAUUUGAGAGAAAAAUAUGGCGGUAUUAAACCACCUGUAUUACGUUCGGAGAAAGAUUUCGAUCCUGGUGCAAAAUAUCAUGUUCCCGCCAAUAUACCAUAUAUCAAGUAAGUCGUAU